AAGGGUAAUGAGUUCUCCAGUUGUGAACGCACGUAAUCUGCAUUGAUUUGGAUGAAAUGGGUUAUGCCCAUAUUUUAAAAUUGACAGCAAUGUAUCAAGCUCAAGUUAGCUAUCAUCUCAGUUUAAGUGAAAUUUUCUAUAAACCAACACAGUGAAUUUGAAAGUAUACUUGCCGAGAAGCAAAGGUGACUUUGUUUUAUAUGAGGAUCUGUUUUCUGCUUUGCAUCUGCCUUCAGUGAGAACGUUAAAGAAGCCAGCCAGUUCCUCUUGUUGCUUUCUCCAGACUAGGUGUCAAAGUCUCCAUCUGGGUAGGACUGUAUAAUGCUGGAACCGUAGGGAAAAAAAAGUGCCGUGCCGUAUUGGUAAGGAUGAUUCCUCAAGUGUUGGAGAAGUCGUCACAAACAUUCAGUGACGCAACUAACACGAAACAAAAUGAACUUUAUAUGGGGAAAAGAGUUGUUAAGGGCGUUGACUUGAGCAGCUUUGGAAAGCGAGGCUGCUUCUGGACUCUUGAUAGGGAGAAUAAAAGCAAGUCCUAGCAGAAAAAGACCUGCACAGAGGUCCACAAAAUUAAAAAGUAAUGCUGCAAUUUCCACAAUCUAGAGGGAUUUAUAGACUUGAUCAUUGAUCAGUUGGCCCCAAAAUAAAAGUCUUUAUUUUAAUUCGUAACUUCUCCAAGGAAGUUUCCUGCCCGCUUAACAAUCUUGACGGAAAAAGAUGGCUAAAACUUGGAAGCAACCAUUCAAGUCAUGUCGAAUGUCUUGCUUAAUGUUUCCUAGCAAAGGGGGUAAGCGUAAAGAGAGAAGAGUGAAGAAUCUUAUUUAAUUACUUAAGGGCCCGCUCAAUCCUCAUUGACUCGGUGGUCUUUCACGCUUCCGGUCCUUGUGCGUGCGUGCUGGACUCCUCCUUUACUUUGCCCUUUUUUAAACCAUUUUAAGUUCUCAUCUUUUCAUAUAUAUAACAUAAAGAACUCAGAAGAAAACUAAGCCUAAGCUAAGCAUUUACUAGCCUGGUCCUUCCGUCCACGUUUUUGGCAUUAUAGUGUAGUGCAAUGGAUACUUCCGUCUUCUUCAUUCUCCUUUUUUCUUUAGUUCUUUCAAGUACAGCGGCUUUUGAGUCCAGCUGCCCACCUGCAAAAUUUGGUCAUGGUGCUUUCGAUAUCAGGUUCCCUUUCAGACUAAAAACCCAUCAGCCCCAAAACUGUGGUGACCGAGGUUUUGAUCUUUUUUGCAGAAACAACUCCACCAUGAUCCACUUCCCAUCUUACGGUGACUUGGUUGUCAAAUCCAUUUCUUAUGAUACAAGGAAACUAAAUCUCCUUGACCCCAAAAAUUGUGUCCAUGAAGUUUUUCUAAACCUCAAUCUUUCCCUCACUCCAUUUGAUUACUACCAUGUCUUGAGGAACUAUACGUACUUCAAUUGUUCAGCUUCGCUUGGGCCCUCUGUCACCCAAGUCCCAUGUUUAAGUGGUCCUCAAAACCAUGUUUAUACUGUAGAAUCUCCUGUUCCCAUGCCAGAUUCUUGCAGGACAAUAAAAACUGUCGCAAUUCCAUUUGCAUACAGUUCUUAUCUUUCCGACAGCAGCUUCGGUCUCGGGCUAACUUGGGACUUGCCAGAACGUCAGUACUCCGGCUCCCAGUCUAAAACAGGAUGGUUCCAUUUAGCACCAAAAGAAGAUUUGUGCACCAGCAAACAUGAACUUGAUCAACUUCAUGUUUCCACCCUUAAUUCAUCACUUCAUCGUAUCUUAGUGACUCCUCCUUUCAAGCGUUUACUUUAGCAUUGAUAGUUGCCUUUUCUUCUCAGUUCAUAGGGCAGUAAGUUUUUGUUUAUUUAUUAUUAAUUUUUAUUUCUCCAUUGACGUUAGUACUAUUGUUG